UGUGCUUACUACACUCAAGAUGGGAUUUCUAACGAUUCUAAAGAAAAUGAAACAAAAAGAAAAGGAAAUGCGUAUCUUAUUGCUCGGCCUAGACAAUGCUGGAAAAACUACCAUUCUGAAGAGAUUCAACGGCGAACCAAUAGACCAGAUAUCGCCCACGCUUGGAUUUAACAUAAAAACACUGCACUAUAAUGACUAUGUACUAAACAUGUGGGACGUUGGUGGCCAAAAGUCUUUGCGAUCGUACUGGCGUAACUAUUUUGAGUGUACAGAUGGGCUGAUCUGGGUCGUCGACAGUACCGACCGGAUGCGUAUGGAAUCAUGCCGUGAGGAGCUCACACUGUUGUUGCUGGAGGAGCGUCUUGCCGGUGCGACACUGUUGGUGCUAGCGAACAAACAAGACUUACCCGGAGCAUUGACGGCGAACGACAUCAAAGAGAUAUUGCAGCUGGACAAAAUCGAAACACAUCAUUGGUCCAUACAAAGCGUAAGUGCUGUGACGGGAGGUAAACUGGUGGAAGCCAUCGAUUGGUUAGUGGAGGAUAUAUCGAAAAGAAUAUUCACGCUAGACUAA